UGUGUGUGUUUCUUCCCCCCUCUUCCCCCUCCCUUCCCAAGCUCUCUUAACAUUAAAGCGAAAAUGCUCCUUUCUGUGCCUCCUCGUGCAGGGAUCGCCACUUUUGGCUACAACAAAAGCAACAAGAAGCAGCCUUAUGUCUCAGUGGCUCAGCAGAUGGCACCCCCAAGUCCUAGUGGCAGCAGCAACAACAACAGCAGCAGCAGCAGUGGGCCAGGUGGCGGAGGUGGCGGCGGGGACCAGCUGAGCAAAACAAACCUAUACAUCCGGGGUCUGCAUCCAGGUACCACAGACCAGGACCUUGUCAAGCUGUGCCAACCAUAUGGCAAAAUUGUCUCCACCAAGGCCAUUCUAGACAAAACGACCAACAAAUGCAAAGGAUAUGGCUUUGUGGAUUUUGACAGCCCCACAGCAGCCCAGAAAGCCGUGACUGCACUGAAGGCCAGUGGGGUACAGGCCCAGAUGGCUAAGCAACAGGAGCAGGAUCCUACCAACCUGUACCUGUCAAAUUUGCCUUUGGGCAUGGAUGAGGCUGAAUUGGAGUCGAUGCUGAAGCCGUUUGGACAGGUCAUCUCCACACGCAUCCUGCGUGAUACUAGUGGCACCAGCCGGGGAGUUGGCUUUGCCAGGAUGGAGUCCACAGAGAAAUGUGAAGCCAUCAUCACCCACUUCAAUGGCAAAUAUAUCAAGACACCUCCAGGGGUUCCAGCACCCCCGGAUCCAUUGCUUUGCAAAUUUGCUGAUGGUGGCCAGAAGAAGCGCCAGAAUCAGGGCAAAUAUGUGCAGAAUGGACGAGCUUGGCCACGGGAAAGUGACACGGGUGGGAUGACCUUGACCUAUGACCCCACAGCAGCGCUCCAGAAUGGGUUCUACACAACGCCCUACAGCUUGGCUCCUAACAGGAUGAUUGCUCAGACUGCACUCUCCCCGUAUCUGCCAUCACCUGUUUCCUCCUACCAGGUUCACAGCCCAUCGUGGAUGCACCAUCAGUCGUACCUCAUGCAGCCCACGGGAACAAUGCUGACCCCCGCCAUGGACCAUGCGAUUUCCAUCCAGCCCACCUCCAUGAUGGGGCCCCUAACUCAGCAGCUGGGCCAUCUGUCUCUCAGCAGUGCUGGCACGUAUAUGCCAGUGGCAGCAGCUAUGCAAGGAGCCUACAUCCCCCAGUACACACCUGUGCCUUCCUCUAGCGUUGCAGUUGAGGAGAACAGUGGCCAGCACAGCCACGUGACAAUGGAGUCCCCGUCGGAUCAGGCUGCCUACUCGUAUCAGUACAACAAGUAACAACAGAAGGGCUGGGGCCAGAAA